AUGGGGGUAAGAAGCAUGUCAACAACUUUGACAAUGAAAGAAGAGGAAACCAAAGCCGAUCAACGAUGGUGUGAACUUGGUGAUAACCGAUAUGGGGAGUACGGUGUUAUUGGAGCUGAACAAGCUGAUGAAACUCAUCUAGAUGAUCGUUUGUUAAAUGAAGAAGAUGAUGACGAAGACGAAAAAUUUGGAUCCGAUGGUAGAAUUCAUUUCGCCAAGGACAAACUAUAUGGAAGGGAUAAAGAGCUUGCUCAGUGUCGAGAACUGCUUGAUGCUAAUGAAGGGUCGUCAAUCGUCUUUGUGUCUGGAUACUCUGGAUGUGGAAAGAGCAGAAUGGUUGAAGAGUUCAUCCAUCUGAAUUCAGCAACUGUGAAAGAUGACGAGAACGGCAAAAGGCGACCAAUUCUUUUUUUGCGUUCCAAAUCAGAUUCCAUGAACGCAAGUAUACCGUUCAGCUCUAUCGGUGGUCUUUUUGACAACAUUGAUGAGAGCGUCACAGAUGAAUUCAUUGACAUGAAAGAUGAAAUACAAGAAAGCUUGGGAACUGAUGCUCGACUGCUGCUGAAGGUUUUCCCCAAACUAGAGAGAUACCUUAGCAAGGAAAAUUUGGAUUCUUCCAGGAGGGCGUCAUCUGCUUCCAAAGAGGACUCGGUAUCGGUUGAUUCUUCUGGAGCCUUCGCAUCUGGAAUGAAGCACGAAUCAAAGAAACGGAUGAUGUUUGCCCUUCAGUUCUUCUUUCGCACUCUGUCGUCAAGGUCUAAGCACCAAGUAGUCCUCUUUUUAGAUGAUCUACAAUGGGCUGAUGGUCUAAGUUUGGAAUUGAUACAAUCUAUUCUGACUGACAAUACCAUUUCAAAUUUAUUCUUCUUUGGCGGCUACCGCUCCAACGAAGUUGGCGGAGACCACAUUCUCACCAAGAAUAUACAUGAAAUCAAAGUGUCACGAGACGAGAAACAACUCAAGGGUUACCUUGAGAUCGAGUUGAAAGAUCUUCAGAUAGAUUCUGUGGGACAUUUCAUCUCCGAUUCACUGCGAUUGAGUUACGAGGAGACCCUGCCGCUGACCCAUGCGAUCUUCACCAAGACGUUAGGAAACCCAUUCUUCACUCGACAAGCCUUGGAGCACUUGGUUCGGAAGAAUGCGCUUUUCUAUGACAACAUUUCGUUCCGAUGGGAUUGGAAGCUUCAAGAAAAGGAACUUAAGGAUCUCAUCUCUGACGACUUGUUGGAAAUGGUUAAAGCAAAGAUUGAACAUCUGGAACCAAAACUCCAGGAAGUCUUAAUGACGGCGUCGUGUACACGAUCAACAUUUGAUGUCGACACGAUACUGGUUCUCUUGCACCCGAAAUUUCUUAGGCAGAGCCAAGCUGAAUCUGAUGUGAGACCAUCCGAGGAAGAGUAUCACGAAGAGAAAAAGGCGUUGGUUGAGCUUUUGAAUCAAGGUAUUGUAGAAGGUUUGCUGCUGCAGCCUCGACUUGAAAAGCAGACCGAAAGUGGUGGAGACUUUUUCAAUGAGGCCACUGGGGAAGAGUAUGCCUUUGCUCAUGACAAAAUUCAAGAAACGGCGAGAAGUUUGGUUUGCGAUGGUGAUGAAUCCGAGUUCUUGGAGCGAAUGGGAAACAUACUGCAACAGAGGGCGCAAUGUCCUCUUUAUGGAGAGGAUUGGAUGUUUUUCUGUGCGUGUGAACACUUGAAUCGGGUCUCGAUGCAAUAUAAAUCGGUUCCCGAAAGUGAAAAGCAAGAAGCGAGAAAGGAAGAACACCUCGAAGCCGAGCAACGGUUUCGGCUAGCGACUUUGAAUCUACGCACUGCGAAGCUAUCGAUUGAUCUUCUGGCUUUCCCAGCCGCGCUUGAUUUUUGCGAACAUGGCAUUGCAUAUCUUCCAGCCGACGACGAGGAGCUCUGGUCUGAAAAGUACAAGGAGACUGCUAUGCAUCUCUUUUCCAUAGCAGCUCAAGCAAAGUAUGGGGUUGGGGACAAUGAUGCAGCAGAGCGGUUUUGCAAGCGCGUCAUCGCACAACACAAGGGAGAUAAUCCCAAUGUGACAAUCGUUGAAGCGCUGCCAGCUUUUCAUGUCUAUCUGGACAUAAUUGGCGACAGGGGGGAAAAGGAGACUGCGCUUGAAUUAUGCUUGGAGCUCCUCUAUGAACUUGGCAUUGCGGUACCGAAAAGUGGAAAGAUGCUUCGGGCAAAAGUGUGGUGGACGUUGAAGCAGAUUGAACGUCGAUUGCCAACAGAAGAAUCCGUUAUAAAUAUGCCACAUGUUACGGAUCCUCUGGUCGUAUACAAGAUGGAACUCAUUCAGCAAACUUCAUCUCUGGCGUAUACUGCUAAGAAAACGUAUCUUUAUAUGCUCCUCUGCUGCGAGUCGGUCAAGCAUAUCGUUGAACAUGGGCUCACAGAUACUUCAGCAGCGUCGAUAGCUUCUUUCGCGAAUGUGCUCAUGCAUGUGUACAACGAUUUUAAGACUAGCCCACAACUUGCGGAGUUGGCUAUCCUUAUCGCGGAUCGUCAGCAAAGCAAGUUCAAUGAGACGCAACCAUUGAAUACAGCGAACAAUUUGGUAUUGGCCUGGGUUCGCCCGCUUUCAAGUCGCUUGAAGUACCAUCAGCGUGCCUACGAAUCCGGUCUGGUAUCGGGUAAUAUGAAUGGUGCGAUGGUUGGCAAAUGGUUUGGUUUUCAGAACGGUUUGUUCUCAUGUCGCAUGACUCUCCCGCAACUGGAAGGCGAAUUUCAAGCUGGUGUCACCGAAAUGCGCAAAUUCAGUCAGCACUUUCUGGGAAACGUCGCCUCCAUUGCAUGGCAAGUGGUACUUAAUCUCAUCGGCAAGUCUGGAAAUCCAAAUACCACUGUGUUGACAGGAGCAGCAAUCGACGAAAGCACUGAGCUAUAUCAACAAAAGAUGCCAUUCAAACUUAUUUUUGGUCCUUGGAAAAGCAUGGCCCUUCUCUUCUUUGGAGAUUACAAGUUUGGCGCCGAAUACGCACUACAAAGGGGGGACGCAUUCGCGAAGAUGGUAGUUGGGAUGAUGUAUGGCUAUGAUUCUGUUUUUAGAGCAAUACCGCUCUUCAUCAUGGCACGUUCGAACGAUGCUCAAGGAGCAAAAUACAAAAAAGAAGCAUUGAAACUGCUCAAAAGAGUUAGAACCUGGGUAAAGAAAGGUUGCACAAAUUUGGUGGGGCCUUACCAAAUCAUUGAGGCGGAGUAUAUGGCUUCAAAGAAGAAAGCUAAAUCGGCUCGAUCAUAUUUCGAGAUGGCAGUAACAAGCUGCCGAAGAGACAACUUUCAUCAGUACGCAGGUUUGUCUUGCGAACUAUACUCAGAUUACUUGGCGGAGAUUGGCGAUUCCCAAGGGUCCAAAAUAUACCUCCAGGGGGCCAUUAAUGAUUACAGACGGUGGGGCGCAGCGAGAAAGGUUGACAUGUUGAAGAAGAAACUUGCAGAGUAG